AUGCCGAGGGCCAUGGCGGGAAGCGAGCUGGCUUUGCCCAGCGCUUUCCUUUUCCUGUCACCGAACUGGAGGAAUAGCAAUGCAGAGGCGGCCAGCCGACCCGCAGGGAAGAGGAAGGAGAAAGCGGCACUGGCGCGGAACGAGCCCCGACGCAGCCCGGGCGCCUCCUCGGCCGCCGGGCGCGGGCGCCUCCUCAGCCGGGAGCGGUCGUCCGGAUCCAGCCUCUUCCAGAACGCUCCUCGCCGCUCCCGCAGGCCCCGCCCCCGGCCGGGGCUUCCCCCGCCGCCCGCCUCGUUUGCAUGGCGCGCCCGUCCCCCGCUGCCAUUGGCCGGCGCCGCGCCCCGCCCCCGCCGCGGCGGGGUUCCAUCCCCCGAGCCGCCCGGAGCUGCGGGCAGCGGGCGGACUGUUAAACCGCGGCGGCGGCGGCAGGCGGGCCGGGCGCGGGCGCGCUCUGGAGACGAGGCGGCGGCGCCGGCCCGGGCGGGGGGAGGCGGGCGGGCAGCUAGCGAGCACUUCGGCAGCCCCCACCACGGCCGGACCGACGGUGCGGCGGCAGAGGGGAGCCGGGGCGCCCCAGCAGGCGAGUGGCCGGCGUCUCAGCGGAGGGCUGAGGGCGGUGUGGGUGUCCUCGGCCGGGCACGGCGGAGCGCGGGGAGGGCGCAGCAGAGACGCCCGCCGGCCGGACCUGCCGGCUCGGCAGCCCCUCGGGGCCCCGAAUCCUCCGCUUCGUUGGCACAGCCCCGGGCUCCGGGGCACGGGUCGGAUCGCAGCCAAAUUUAUAAACGGCUAAACCGGAGGACAGCCUUGGCAGAAGCCGGAGGGAGGGGAAGGGAGCGGUGGAGGGCGGGGCGGGGGCGGGCCUAA